CCUCUUUUUUUUCCCCAGAAAUCGGGGGAGCUGGUUGCCGUGAAGGUCUUUAACAAUGCCAGCUACCUGCGGCCCCACGAGGUCCAGAUGAGAGAGUUCGAGAUGCUGCGGAAGCUGAACCACAAAAACAUUGUCAAAUUAUUCGCCGUGGAGGAGACAGGCAGCAGCAAGCAGAAGGUGCUGGUGAUGGAAUAUUGCUCCAGUGGCAGCCUGCUGAACGUGCUGGAGGAUCCAGCCAAUGCCUUUGGCCUGCCUGAGUCCGAGUUCCUCAUCGUGCUGCAGUGUGUGGUGGCAGGGAUGAACCACCUCCGUGAGAACGGCGUCGUCCACAGAGACAUCAAACCCGGCAACAUCAUGCGGCUGGUGGGGGAGGACGGGCAGAGCAUCUACAAACUGACGGAUUUCGGAGCCGCCCGGGAGCUGGAGGAUGACGAGAAGUUCGUGUCUGUCUAUGGGACAGAGGAGUACCUCCACCCCGAUGUGUACGAGCGAGCCGUGCUGCGCAAGCCGCAGCAGAAGGCGUUCGGUGUCACCGUGGACCUGUGGAGCAUCGGUGUCACCUUCUACCACGCUGCCACCGGCAGCCUCCCCUUCGUGCCCUUCGGGGGACCCCGCAGGAACAAGGAGAUCAUGUACAAAAUCACCACGGAGAAGCCUCCUGGGGCCAUUGCAGGGAUCCAGAGGCAGGAGAACGGGAACAUCGAGUGGAGCUACGAGCUGCCCAUCACCUGCCGCCUCUCCACGGGGCUGAAGGACCAGCUGAUCCCCGUCUUGGCAAACAUCCUGGAGGUGGAUCAGGAGAAAUGCUGGGGGUUCGACCAGUUUUUUGCAGGAACCAACGACAUUUUGCACAGGAUCGUGGUGGACGUGUUCUCCCUGCAGCAGGCAUCCUCCCACCGCAUCUACAUCCACUCCUACAACACUACCGCCAAGUUUUUAGACGCCGUCUUCAAACAGACAAAUAUAGCCCCUCACCACCAGGAAUAUUUUUUUGAAGGACACCUGUAUGAGCUGGAUCCCAAUCUACAAGCUCAUAAUUUCUGCAGAACCACAGAGAGCAGCCCCCUGACCUUGCUGAGCACCUCUGAGCAGCCCGAGGACGUGCUGGGGGUGCGCUACAGAGACCCGGCGCUGGACUUCCCCAAGCUGGUGCCCAGGGUGGACGUGGUGGCCGACUGCAGCGCAGCCAAGAGCGCCGUGGGUGCCGCUCACCAGACCCUGCGCGUGGGGCAGGCGCUGCGGAGGGGCCGGGAGCUGCUGGCCAGGGGUCUCCAGUGGGUGAUAGGGAACCUGAGGACGGAGUGCUGCAGGAUUUUGGAGCAGAGGAGAGGGGCUCAGUCCGUGCUGGCCUGCCUGCAGCUCACCCAGGGGAAGACACUGGCGCUGUUCCAGGCUGUUCCUGGGGGCAGCAGGGACCCAGCUGGGGUGGAUGUGGUGGACACAAGGCUGCAGAGGGUGGACCAGGAGCUCUCCCAGUGCUCCCACAGCAUCUUUGACUUCCAGGGGGCCCUGGAUGGGAUUUUGGCCGAGCUGGUGAAGGACAGGCAGCAAGUGCACGAGGACAAGAGCAUCCAGCAGAUGGAGUGCUGCCUGGAGAAGAUGCAGGGGAUCUACAAGCAGUUCAAGAAGGCCAGGACGUGUCUGAGGCUGGGCUACAACGAGGAACAAAUCCACAAGCUGGAUAAGUGAG